AUGCCCUUCCACACGACUUCCUUCUUUCCCUUGCCCGUGUCUGGUUCUGUCUCUGCUGCUGCUGCUGCUGCUACUGUUGCUACUACUGCUGCUGUGCCUGACACCCCGACCCUCCCCGCCACCCACCCGCCCCACCACAACCACCACCAUAACCACCACCACAGCAACCACUCCUCCCCCACCCGCCAAAACCACGCCCUUGUCGCCGCCGCCGCCGCCCUGCCCGACCACAACCACAGCCCUCUCGCCGCCGCCGCCGCCCAGGCCUCGCCCUCGCCUUCGCCCUCGCCCCCGCCCCAGCCCGCCAGCGACAGGCACGACACGCCCGACCGCUCUGCUGCUCCCUCGUCGGCCUCGUCGGCCUCGUUGUCGUUGUCGUCGUUGUCGUCGUCGUCCCGGUCGCGCUCGGCCCACCAACACCACACCCGCCGCUACACUCUCGCCCGCUUUCCUCUGCUGCGAAAAGGCAGCCGCGAACUGAGCAGGACUCCCUCCGCCGCCUCCGCCUCGUCCUCGUCCUCGGCCCUGCCCUUCCACUCCACCGGCGCUCCACGGCCCUCGCACGCGCGAGCCCGCUCCAGCCUCGACGCCUCGUCCCUCUGCCUCUACGACGCCGACCAAGACGUCCAGCCCCCGCCUCGCUUGCCACCCGCCCCAAGACGACGGCGAUCCGACAAGAUGCACCAGACAAGCUCGCGCUUACUCCGCAUGACGGACGAUGAGCGCCCUUUUACCAGGGACUUCAAGGACCUCUUCUCCACACUCAUGGUCUCGCUUCCCCUCACAGCCCACCGAGUGCGCUUCAGGAUGAUCGACCACACCUUCACAUCCGACGAGGCAAUCACCAACCUAGGCUCGCUCAAGUUCUCCCAGUCCAACCGCAUGCCAGACCCCAAGGACUCAUCACGUGUCGUCACCACGACCACAACCACGACCUUUUCCAUGGCCAAGGAAAUGGCCCGCUCCGUCUGCCAACGCUUCCUCGAGGCCAAGUUUAUCGAGUCGGUCGAAGGCAAGACCGACUUCAUGAACAAGAGCUCCGUCUGGCAACUCACACCAAAGGGCAUCCAUAUCCUCGAGCGCUUCUGCACACGCAAUGGCAUUGCUUCGGCCCACGUCCGCGCCGUCAUUGAAUCCAACCGUAACCCCCGCCAGCUCGUCGUCCUCGAGCGCAACACGGAAACCGACAAGCUCCACCACGACGAGCAGACGGUCGAAAUCAUCUUCCGCCGAUUUGUCGGCACAACCGCAAACGAGACACAAUCCGACUCGGACUCAAUACACGAGUUCUCCAAGUGCGACAUUGGCGUCAAGCUUGUCAAGCACCGCCCAAACUCGCAGCGCCAGUACGAGUACACGUUCAACGGCCGCAACGCCGCCCAGUGGCUGAUGGACUGCUCCACCAUGGUUGACCCCCGCGAGGCCAUUGAGGUCGGCUCGCUGUUCCUGCAGCUAAAGCUCGUCGCUCCCGUCGAUCCCCGCAACUCGGACCAGCAAUUCCAGCCCUCCAAGCAGGUCCACUACUACAUCACCAACCACGGCGAGCGCAUAGCAGGAUGGCUUCUCGAGGAAGUCCCGUCAACCGCAGAGGUCACCAUCAAGUCAAGAGACGGCGUCACGCGCGACUCCAACAGCAACCGCACCAACGUCAUCAUCCGCAACCCCUCGUGGCGUCUGCUCUACCGCGAGUUCCUCAAGGAGACCAUGUGCGAGGAGAACCUGUCCUUCUUCCUUGAGGUCCAGCAAUUCAACAAGCAGUACAAGGAUGCCAUCAACGACAAGGGUGAGAAUAAGGUCGAGGUGAUUCGUGAGACGCUCGCUGCUGCCUAUGGCCUGUACAACGCAUUUUUGGCGCCCGGCUCGCCAAACGAGCUGAACAUUGAUCACAGCCUCCGCACCCAACUAGCCACACGCAUGACACGUGCCGUUGGCGAUGAUGCCGCCAUGCUGCAGAGUCUCAACGAAGUCGCCUCUCUCUUCGACAAGGCACAACAAUCCAUCUUUAAGCUCAUGUCAAGUGACUCGGUGCCCAAGUUCAUCAAACAUCCCAAAUAUGCUCCUCAGCUACGUGGUCUAGAUGCCGCCGCUGCCGCCUCAGCCUUCGCCACCUCACCUAUUGCGCUCAGGUCAUAG